UGUAUAUGCCCUUUGUUUUGACAGAAAAGUACGUUUAAGCCAAAACAAACAUGUGAUAGUAACUACUACGUACUAGAUAUCAGAAAAAUUGAACAUGAACCUGCAAACAUUAUUCCAGGACUUUAAUCCAAGCAAGUUCCUUGUUCACGUGUGUUUAAUGGUUUUUACUGCUUUAUUUGCCCUGCGACUUGAUGGGACAAUUAUCUGGAGUUACUGGACAGUGUUUAUACCAAUAUGGUUUUGGAAAUUUAUGGUUAUCUCAGGGGCAACUGUCGGCAGCUAUGUAUGGUGGAGGUACCCACACUUUAGGUUGGAGGGCGAAGCAUAUGUGCACUACAAAGCAAUGCUAAUAAGCUUAGCACUCCACUUGAUUCUUCUAAUGUUUGAACUGCUGGUCUGUGACAAACUGGAGUCUGACAGACAUUUGUGGAUACUUGUUUUCAUACCUCUCAUAUUUAUUUCAAUCGUUUCAAUCGCUGUCUGCAUAUGGGCUGUGAAACAUGACCGCUCGUUUGAGCUUGAACUUUUCUGUUCUGUCAAUAUACUACAGUUCAUAUUCCUGGCUCUAAAAUUAGAUGGAUUUAUAUCGUGGAGCUGGGAAGUUGUUUUCGUGCCACUCUGGAUUUUAAUGUGUCUGUCAUUAGUUGGAGUGUUGUAUACAAUAAUUUUUGCAGGAAUUUUGCUUAGGGCCCCUGAAGUAAAUCCCCAACAAAGGAGAACAUCUUUUAAUUCAGCCUUAGGAUAUACAUUUCUGGUCAUACCAAUACUUAUUUUUCAGGUGCUGCUUGCAAACAAGUUAGAUGGGGCAAUAACACUAAGUUAUGUAGGUGUUGUUUCACCCCUGUUUCUUUCAUACUGUACACUAAUUUUAAUGUCGUUUGGUGCAAAAGGAGGCAACAGAUGGUGGUUUGGAAUUCGAAAAGACUUCUGUCACUUCCUGCUGAGCUUGUGUCCUUUCCUGCAGGAGUACGCUAACAUAGCGUACAGCAUACAGAGUGAUGAUGGUUCUCGCCGAGCUAAUGCUGGUACUAGCAGUUCCAGUGAGACCUCAGUUGCUGACAUGAAAACUGAGAAGAGGGUGAAAAAACCUGAGUUACUAAAACCAGUUGUGCCCGUUGUAUCGAUAGACAUGCCAGACUAGCCAAAAAGGAGGCUGGUGACUCAGCACCUCGUCAUUGUUGACUGAUGUCUUUACCUGUUUAAAAAAACCGGUAGAGUGACUGAUCUGUUUUCUACAUUUAGGGACUAUUUAUUCAGCUGUGAGUGAUAUGUAUUUUAAAAGCGUUAGUGCAGUGAGGUGCUAUAUAUUAAUUUUAUUUUAUACACUGAUAUCUUCCAUUUAGACUGGUAGGUAAAUA